AUGAAUUAUACAGGUUUUAUCUUAGCAUUGCAGCUUUGCAUGAUUUUGGGCUUUCCUACCGCUGAUCGCCAGUCCAUUAUUUUAGAAGAAACAGAAAAACUAAAGGAAUAUUUUAAUGCAACUGGUUCACAUGUAGCUGAUGGUGGUGGAUCUCUUUUCUCAGAUAUUCUGAAGAAGUGGAAAGAGGAGGGUGACAAAAAAUUAAUUCAAAGCCAGAUUGUCUCCUUCUACUUCAAACUCUUUGAAAACUUUACAAACAACCAUAUGAUCCAGAGAAGCAUGGAUGUCAUCAAAGAAGAACUAUUUGUAAAGUUCUUCAAUGGCAGCCAGGAGAAAAUGAACGACUUUCAAAAGCUGAUUGACAUUCCGGUGAAUGAUCUGAGGGUCCAGCAGAAAGCUAUAAGUGAACUCUUCAAGGUGAUAGAGGAUUUGACAUCAAGUGUAAGCCUAAAAAAGCGGAAAAGAAGUCAAAUUCAGUUGCGAGGCCGGAGAGCACCAAAAAACUGA